CUGGAGUAUUCAGCUCCGCCCCGCCAGCUACUUUGUAGUUUAGACUCGAGUUUAGACCCUCUCGCAUCUCUUUCUCCUUCACAAUGACCUCAAGUAUACCUGGAGUGACUCUCUCCUCUCUCAUAUUCAGUCUCAAGGCUACACCAGGAGAUUCUAUUGGGUUUCUACUAGGUGAGUCAUACAGUCAUGAAUCAGCUAAUAUCACUGAUACGGAAUCUCGUGGCAUUAAAGUGAAGAGGAAAACAUGUAUACAGCAACAUGUGUUUGUUGAAGGACGGCAGAGUUUUACUGAUUCUAAAGGUGCAGUUAAUAUUAGCAAGUUGGAAGAGUUGCUAGGUGAUACAGUUUCACCCAAAUCAGUAGUUGGUUGGUUUGUGUAUCGUGCCAACUGUUCCUCUCGUCCGUCAUUGUUAGAGCGAUCCAUUCACUCUAGUCUCAUGAUAUCCCUACCACAUUCACCAGGAAAAAAUUUACUGUUUGGCUUAUUCACUGAAGUUACAUCAGAUCUUUUAUCAGUCGACUAUUCAUUCUAUCAAUGGAUCGGAAGUCGUUUAGAAAAUGUCCAUGUUGAUGUGAUCAACCUUCAGUCAACAUCAGUAGCACCAUAUCAGACACUGCCCACCAUACCUAUCCCAGCACUGUUCAGCACUAACACUCAGGUUAUGAAGAAAGCAAGGGAGCUGUUGUUUUUGGAGUCUAAUGAAUUAAGACAGUGUGUGGAAACAGAGCAAUUAUGUCAAGCAGUUGUACAAUCACUUCAGUCACUAAGAGAUGAGCUGGUCUCAUCAUACAAGACAAUACAGUUCCUCAAUGAGGAGGUAGAGUGUCUACGGUCUGACCUUGACAACAAGGUACUUAAUGACUUAAAUAAGGUUAGAGAUACAGAGUCUCCUGCACCUUCCAGCCCAAAAAAGCUAGUAGGAGGCAAAUCUGAUUCACUUCCUUUACCUGAGCUAAUACAAUUAGGAGACAAACUGGCCUCUUUCACUUUCCCUCCCUCUCCCUCCUCUUCUGCAUCAGCUCUCACGUCUUCUCAUGAUGAAACACCACAGAUGGAUCUAUUAACAGGAUCUCCCCCGCCUAUUGGUGAUCCUCCAUUAAUCAGUGACAGAGAUCAAAUUAGUAACAAUACACCCCAUAGUCAAGAUGGCUCAGCAAAAGAAUCAGAGACGCAGUAAAUUUCUUAACAUUUUGUAGAAUGGGAAUAUAAUUUUUUAUUAGAGAAAUUAAUUUUUAAAUGAUUUAAUAAUAGUA